AUGGCAAAAUUUGUUUUUACCUUAAGUAUAUCUAUCUAUCUAUCUAUCUAUCUAUCUAUCUAUCUAUCUAUCUAUCUAUCUAUAUAUAUAUAUAUAUAUAUAUAUAUAUAUAUAUAUGUACAAAUAUUCAUCUUUUAUUUUAAUUGUUGCUUUUCAAUUUAUUUGUCACUAUUUCAUUUUUUCGUUGCUUCAUUAUUUGAUUCGCUCACACAUUUUUUACUGUUUAUUUCAUUCUUUCUGACUUCUCCCUUUCCUUCUUUCUUCUCCCUUUCUUUCUUCACCCUUUCCUUCUUUCUUCUCCCUUUCUUUCUUCACCCUUUCCUUCUUUCUUCUCCCUUUCUUUCUUCGCCCUUUCCUUCUUUCUUUUCCUUUUCUUUCUUCUCCCUUACCUUCUUUUUUCUACCUUUCCUUCUUUCUUCUUCCUUUCUUUCUUCUACUUUUCCUUCUUUCUUCUCCCUUUCUUCUACCUUUCCUUAUUUCUUCUCCUUUUCUUUCUUUUCCCUUUCCUUUUUUUUCUACCUUUCCUUCUUUCUUCUCCCUUUCUCUCUUCUCCUUUUUCUUCUUUCUUCUCCCUUUCUUUCUUCUCCUUUUCCUUCUUUCUUCUCCCGUUCUUUUUUUACCUUUCUUUCUUUCUUCUCUCUUUCUUUCUUCUCCCUUUCCUUCUUUCUUCUCCCUUUCUUUCUUUCUUUCUUUAUUCUCCCUUUCUUUCUUCUCCCUUUCCUUCUUUCUUUCUCCUUUCUUUCUUCUCCCUUACCUUCUUUCAUCUCCUUUCUUUCUUUCUUUCUUUCUUUCUUUCUUUCUUUCUUUCUUCUCCCCUUCCUUCUUUCUUCUCCCUUUCCUUCUUCUCCGUUUCCUUCUUUCAUCUCUCUUUCCUUCUUUCUUCUCCCUUUCUUUCUUUCUUUCUUCUCCCUUUCUUUCGUCUCCCUUUCCUUCUUCUCCGUUUCCUUCUUUCAUCUCCCUUUCCUUCUUUCUUCUCCCUUUCUUUCUUUCUUUCUUCUCCCUUUCUUUCGUCUCCCUUUCCUUCUUUCUUCUCCCUUUCUUUCUUCUCCCUUUCCUUUUUUAUACCUUUCUUUCUUUCUUUCUUUCUUCUACCUUUCUUUUUUCUCCCUUUGUUCACUUUCUUUCUUUAAGCUGUUUUACUUUCUUUCUUUCUUUCUUUCUUUCUUUCUUUCUUUCUUCUUCUUAAUUUCGUUUUUUUCUAUCUAUCUAUCUAUCUAUCUAUCUAUCUAUCUAUCUAUUAAUUAUAAUUGGAGAUUGUUCUUUCUUUUUCUUUCUUUCUUUCUUUCUUUCUUUCUUUCUCUUUAUUCCGUUUCUUUCUUUCUUUCUAUCAAUUAUAAUUGGAGAUUGUUCUUUCUUUUAUUUUUCUUUCUUUCUUUUUCUUUAUUGUUUUUUUCUUCUUUCUUUCUUUUUUUCUUUUCAAUCAUCCAUAACUGGGGACUGUUCUUUCUUACAUUUUUCUUUCUUACGCUGUUCUUUCAUUUUUCUUUCCUACUUUUUCUUCCUUUCUUUUUUCUCUCUGACUUACUUUUUUUCUUUCUUUCUUUUUUUAUUCUUUCUUUGAUUUUGAUUGUUUCUUAUUUUUUUCGUUUCUUUCAUGAUUUUUUAAUUAAUUUCUUUUCCUUUCUUUUCAUGCAAUUCUUUCUUUUCAUUUUUACUCGUUCUAUUCUUCAUUUCUGCCAAUUGAUGUUCCCCAUUCUGCGAGGCAAAAUCACUUUAACACUGUCGAUACUUCCCUACUAUCUAUCUAUCUAUCUAUCUAUCUAUCUAUCUAUCUAUCUAUCUAUCUAUCUAUCUAUUCACGCAACUAUCUAUCUAUCUAUCUAUCUAUCUAUCUAUCUAUCUAUCUAUUCACGCAACUAUCUGUCUAUUCACGCAUCUAUCUAUCUAUCUAUCUAUCUAUCUAUCUAUCUAUCUAUCUAUCUAUCUAUUCACGCAACUAUCUAUCUAUUCACGCAUCUAUCUAUCUAUCUAUCUAUCUAUUCACGCAACUAUCUAUCUAUUCACGCAUUUAUCUAUUCACGCAUCUAUCUAUCUAUCUAUCUAUCUAUCUAUCUAUCUAUCUAUCUAUCUAUCUAUCUAUCUAUCUAUCUAUCUAUCUAUUCACGUAUCUAUCUAUCUAUCUAUCUAUUCACGCAUCUAUCUAUUCACGCAACUAUCUAUCUAUCUAUUCACGCAUCUAUCUAUCUAUCUAUCUAUCUAUCUAUCUAUCUAUCUCUCUAUCUAUCUAUCUAUUCACGCAUGUAUCUAUCUAUUCACGCAACUAUCUAUCUAUCUAUCUAUCCAUCUAUCCAUCUAUCUAUCUAUCUAUUCAUGCAUCUAUUCAUCUAUCUAUCUAUCUAUCUAUCUAUCUAUCUAUCUAUCUAUCUAUCCAUCCAUCUAUCUAUCUAUUCACGCAACUAUCUAUCUAUUCACGCAUCUAUCUAUCUAUCUAUCUAUCUAUCUAUCUAUCUAUCUAUCUAUCUAUCUAUUAACGCAACAUUCACGCAUCUAUCUAUCUAUCUAUCUAUCUAUCUAUCUAUCUAUCUAUCUAUCUAUCUAUCUAUUCACACAACUAUCUAUCUAUUCACGCAUCUAUCUAUCUAUCUAUCUAUUCACGCAACUAUCUAUCUAUUCAUGCAUCUAUCUAUCUAUCUACCUAUUCACGCAACUAUCUAUCUAUUCACUCAUCUAUCUAUCUAUCUAUCUAUCUAUCUAUCUAUCUAUCUAUCUAUCUAUCUCAGUCUCAGUAAAAAGAAAUCAGUCUAUCUAUCUAUCUAUCUAUCUAUCUAUCUAUCUAUCUAUCUAUCUAUCUAUAGAGAGCGACAGUUACUCUCUUGCGCCAUAUCUAUCUAUCUAUCUAUCUAUCUAUCUAUCUAUCUAUCUAUCUAUCUAUCUAUCUCAAUCUGUACAUAUCUGUCUGAGUCCGUAAACAUCUAUCCGUUCAUUUAUCUAUAA